AUGCCUUUUGAAGCCCGGGUCAAGUCUGUCCUGUCCGGCGACACUGUCGUACUGUCGCAUGUCACCAAUCCGUCACAAGAGCGCAUCUUGAGCUUGGCCUAUGUCUCUGCUCCACGAUUAAGGAGGGAAGGCGAUGAGCCCUACGCUUUCCAAUCCCGUGAAUUCCUCCGUGAGCUCCUUGUCGGCAAGGUCAUCGAAUUCCAAGUCCUGUACACCAUUCCCACCGGCGCCAAGCGCGACUACGGUAUCAUUAAGCUGCCUGGAUUCGAUGCUUCACUUCCCGAUAUCAGUGUCCAGGAGGGCUGGACGCAAGUCCGCGAGGAAGCAGGAAAGCGUGGAGAUGAGUCCGAGGAGACUGUUGGACUCCUUGCCCGUCUGCGCGCUCUCGAGUCCCUUGCCCAAGAUGAAGGAAAGGGAACAUGGGCCAGUAGUGACAAUGGCCAGAUCGAUAACACCUAUGAGCUGACCGGUGCUCGGGAAUUGGUGCGCCAAAACAUGGGCCAGCAGUUGGAAGGUAUCAUCGAGAAGGUUCUGAACGGUGACCGUAUUGUCUUGCGCUUGCUGCUCCAGCCCAAGGAGCACAUCCAGACUGUUAUUGCGAUUGCUGGUAUCCGCGCCCCUUCGGCCAAGCGCACGGCUGAGGGCAAGGAGACGGCCGCUGAGCCGUUCGGUGAUGAGGCACAGCAGUUCGUCGAGUCACGACUUCUGCAGCGCAAGGUGAAGGUCUCCCUGCUUGGUGUGACACCACAGGGCCAGAUGGUAGCUACCGUCCUGCACCCUAACGGAAAUAUCUCCCGCUUCCUUCUUGAGGCUGGUCUGGCCCGCUGCCAGGAUCACCACUCUACUCUCCUGGGCCCCGACAUGGCCCUCCUCCGCCAGGCCGAGCUGACUGCCAAGGCGGACCGUAAGGGACUGUGGGUGAACCACAGUGGAGCCACAACGGCCGGCGCUGCUGCCGUCGACUACGUUGUCACUCGUGUGCAGAACGCCGACACCCUGUUCAUCCGGAACAAGGCCGGCCAGGAGAAGAAGAUCAGCCUUGCCAGCAUUCGUCAGCCCAAGCCUUCCGACCCCAAGCAGGCUCCCUUCGCCGCCGAGGCCAAGGAGUACCUCCGCAAGCGCGUGAUCGCCAAGCACGUCAUGGUCACCGUCAACGGCAAGAAGCCUGCCAACGAGGGCUACGAAGAGCGCGAGGUCGCCACCGUUGUCCAGGGCAACACCAACGUCGCAGUUGCCCUUGUCCAGGCCGGAUACUCCUCUGUGAUCCGCCACCGCAUGGAUGAUGCGGACCGAAGCCCCGAUUACGAUGCGCUGCUCGCCGCCGAGGCUGACGCCCAGAAGGAAGGCCGUGGCAUGUGGUCUCCCAAGCCCCCCAAGAACAAGCAAGUCGUGGACUACUCAGAGUCCGUGCAAAAGGCCAAGCUUGAGCUUGGUAUCUUGCAGCGCCAGAAGCGCGUUCCCGCUGUUGUCGACUUUGUGAAGUCUGGCUCUCGUUUCACCAUCAUUGUCCCCCGUGAUAACGCCAAGCUCACCCUUGUCCUUUCCGGAAUCCGUGCUCCUCGCUCUGCACGUGGUCCCAGCGAUGCCGGUGAGCCCUUCGGCCAGGAGGCGCACGAUCUGGCCAACCGCCGCUGCUUGCAGCGCGAUGUCGAGAUCGAUGUCGAGACCAUCGACAAGGUCGGUGGUUUCAUCGGAAGUCUGUACAUCAACAAGGAGAACUUCACCAAGGUCCUGCUGGAGGAGGGUCUGGCUACCGUCCACGCAUACUCGGCUGAGCAGUCUGGUCACGCCACCGAGUACUUCGCUGCGGAGCAGCAGGCCAAGGACGCCCGCAAGGGUCUCUGGCACGACUACGACCCCUCCAAGGAGGCUGCUGAGGCCGAGGAGGCCGAGGCUGCCAAUGGAACCGGCACCGAGAGCGAUGCCGCUCCCGUCCAGCGCCGCAAGGACUACCGUGACGUGAUGGUCACCUACGUUGACCCUGCCUCUGCCAAGCUCAAGCUGCAGCAAAUCGGCACCGGGACCAACGCUCUCACUGAGUUGAUGAGUGCCUUCCGCGCCUUCCACAUCAACAAGGCGAACGAGGCCUCUCUCCCCGGCCCCCCUAAGGCCGGCGAAUGGGUUGCCGCCCAAUUCACCGAAGAUGGCAACUGGUACCGCGCCAAGGUCCGCCGCAAUGACCGCGAGAAGGAGACUGCCGAAGUCGUCUACAUUGACUUUGGUAACUCCGAAUCCAUCCCCUGGUCCAAGCUCCGUCCUCUCACUCAGCCCCAGUUCUCCAGCCAGACUCUUCGUCCCCAGGCCGUCGAUGCUGUCCUCUCUCUCAUGCAGUUCCCUACCUCAGAGGACUACCUCGAGGACGCCAUUGGCUUCAUUGGCGACCAGACUUUCGACCGCCAGCUCGUGGCUAACGUCGACCACGUCGACCAGGACGGGACCCUCCACGUCACUCUCCUUGACCCUUCGGUUUCGAAGAACUUGGAUAACAGCAUCAACGCAGACAUCAUCAGCGAGGGUCUCGCUAUGGUGCCUCGCAAGCUGAAGAACUGGGAGCGCGCUUCCGUCGACACCCUGUCUAACUUGCGCACGCUCGAGGAUGAGGCUAAGGCUGAGCGCCGUGGUAUUUGGGAAUACGGCGAUCUGACCGAGGACUAA